UUCCUGGGAAGCAAAGUGCUUCAUAUUAAACUGCUGAUCUCUCGUGUGUGUGUGCGCAGUUGUAAGCUGGCUCAGUCUAACGGCUGGGGUGUGAUGGUCAGCCAUCGCUCCGGGGAGACGGAGGACACCUUCAUCGCUGACCUGGUGGUCGGUCUCUGCACAGGACAGAUCAAGACUGGUGCCCCCUGCAGAUCAGAGCGCUUGGCAAAGUACAACCAGCUGAUGAGGAUCGAGGAGGAGCUCGGAGACAAGGCCAAGUACGCAGGCAAAGACUACCGCCACCCCAAACUCUGAAGCAGCACCGCAGCUCUUAUCUGCUUUUUUUUUGACAUGAGAAAAAAAUAAAUAGAUGGAAAGAAGUGACGUGCCUGUGCCUUUAUUCUUGUGCUGUGACCGGAGUUCCUCCAUUAUGUACAGUAAAAUCACUUUAACCGUCCGUUUCUACUGACCAAGACUAUUAAUAAUCUUAUUGUGAAUGUGUUUUGAGCUGGUGGUGAUUAAUGUGUUUAAUGUUGGAUCUUAAGCUCCGCCCCUGCAGCUCACACCCACCUGCAUACACUUUGGAGAGCCACGCCCACAUGUCAAUGUCCAAUCAACAACUGAUGCACAAAACCUAACUCCGCCCUACUUGGUUUUAUUAAACCAUUAAACUCACAUCAAUACUGAAGAGGGCUGCUGCUGCUUCAGUUUUAUUGUGACUUUUAUAUUACAGUGAAACACUGAUCUACAAAUAAUGACAGUGAUAAUUGUAAAUAACAUUUUAAACUCUUAUUAAUAAUCUCUCUCACACACACACACACACACACACACACACACACAUGGUGCUGCUGUCGUCAGAGCUGAAGGAAUGCAGGGUUUUGUGUGUGUGUGUUGCUCGGUGACGCUCAUCAGGCUGAAAGUGUUUCAGUGCAGGGUCACUGUGUGUGAGUCAUAUUAGUGUGAGUGUGAUGUAGGGUCCAGGAGUCAGAGGUCAGGAAGUUGGCAGGUGUUUCGGCUGCUUUGUGAUGUUUGCAUCAAAGACAGAGACGCUCUCACUCCUGUCAUCACUCCUCUGUCAUCACUCCUCCAUCAUCACUCCUCUAUCAUCACUCCUCUACUCUAUCAUCACUCCUCUAUCAUCACUCCUCUAUCAUCACUCCUCUACUCUAUCAUCACUCCUCUAUCAUUACUCCUCUAUCACUCCUCCGUCAUCACUCCUCCAUCAUCACUCCUCUAUCAUUACUCCUCUAUCAUCACUCCUCUACUCCUCCAUCAUCACUCCUCCAUCAUCACUCCUCUAUCAUCACUCCUCCGUCAUCACUCCUCUGUCAUCACUCCUCUACUCCUCUAUCAUCACUCCUCCAUCAUCCCUCCUCCAUCAUCACUCCUCUAUCAUCACUCCUCCAUCAUCCCUCCUCCAUCAUCCCUCCUCCAUCAUCACUCCUCCAUCAUCACUCCUCUAUCAUCACUCCUCCAUCAUCCCUCCUCCAUCAUCACUUCUCCAUCAUCACUCCUCCAUCAUCACUCCUCCAUCAUCACUCCUCUAUCAUCACUCCUCCACUCCUCUAUCACUCCUCCAUCAUCACUCCUCUAUCAUCACUCCUCCACUCCUCUAUCACUCCUCCAUCAUCACUCCUCUAUCACUCCUCCAUCAUCACUCCUCCAUCAUCACUCCUCUAUCAUCACUCCUCCACUCCUCUAUCACUCCUCCAUCAUCACUCCUCUAUCAUCACUCCUCCACUCCUCUAUCACUCCUCCAUCAUCACUCCUCGAUCAUCACUCCUCCAUCAUCACUCCUCCAUCAUCACUCCUCUAUCAUCACUAAUCUAUCACCACUCCUCCAUCAUCACUCCUCCAUCAUCACUCCUCUAUCAUCACUCCUCUACUCCUCUAUCAUCACUCCUCUAUCAUCACUCCUCUGUCAUCACUCCUCUGUCAUCACUCCUCUGUCAUCACUCCUCUACUCCUCUAUCAUCACUCCUCCAUCAUCACUCCUCCAUCAUCACUCCUCUAUCAUCACUCCUCUAUCAUCACUCCUCCAUAAUCACUCCUCCAUCAUCACUCCUCUAUCAUCACUCCUCCAUCAUCCCUCCUCCAUCAUCACUUCUCCAUCAUCACUCCUCCACUCCUCUAUCACUCCUCCAUCAUCACUCCUCCACUCCUCUAUCACUCCUCCAUCAUCACUCCUCUAUCAUCACUCCUCCUUCAUCACUCCUCUAUCAUCACUCCUCCAUCAUCACUCCUCCACUCCUCUAUCACUCCUCCAUCAUCACUCCUCCAUCAUCACUCCUCCAUCAUCACUCCUCCACUCCUCUAUCACUCCUCCAUCAUCACUCCUCUAUCAUCACUCCUCCAUCAUCACUCCUCCAUCAUCACUCCUCCAUCAUCACUCCUCUAUCAUCACUCCUCCACUCCUCUAUCAUCACUCCUCCAUCAUCACUCCUCCAUCAUCAUGAUGCUUUCUUACAGAAACUGUUUGACAAUUGAAAAAUACAGUAAAAGUUUCAAUUAAUUUAGUUUUUUUUUUUCUGAAAUGAGUCUCUUCUGCUCACCAGGGCUGCGUAGUUUAUUUGAUUAAAAGUACAGUAAAAACAAUUACAGUAUUUCACAAUUGCUAAAACACAUUUCUUGAAACCUUCACCCAUAUUCUCAAAACUUUAAACACAAAACCCAGACUUUGAACUAUAUUCACAAAACCCCUGACUCUUCUGGCAAAAUCAAACACUUGCUUCUAAACCAUUUGAUCUUUUCCCACUCCCCUUCUAUUGACAAACUGAUGUACUAUAUCAAAUGUCAAAUUAGAAAAACAAUACAUUUACCUGUUCUCUUCUUCUGAAUGUCCUGAUUCUGGUGGCCACAGUUGUCCGUGUACUCUUCCUCCUCGUCCACCACCUCUUACACAAACUCUUCCUCCUCUUCCUCUCACAUUGUUUCCGUUCAUCGUGGUAUCAGCACUCACUGUACCUGGGCCACCUGUACUGGCUUAUAUUCUAGACAACUGAUUUGAUCAAAUCAUUACAAACAAGUGUGAACAAUUUUGAGUUGUUGUGUGUAAACGAUGACAGUUGUGUUGUAGUUGUGUUUAACUUUAGCCACAUGUAUUUACCAUUUUGCAACACAGUGACUGAUUCAACAAAUGGGUUUAGGCCACUGAGCAUCGGGUUUAGAGAAUGGGGUUUAGUGUUUUAGCAGUGUUUUGUG